AUGCUUCUCGUCAACGUCAUCAGCCUCCUCCUCGCCGGAGCCGCCGUGGCCGCACCGAACGGACUGAUGCAGCCGACUGAGAACCGAGAGGACUGCGACGGACACGCGGAAAAAAAGAUCAACGACGGCCCUCCCGGUUCCAAUCCUUGCACGCGAGGGCCUAGUUAUGUGUGCUCCAGCGAGGAUCACAUGAAGAAGUGUGGAGUGACAAAGGAGGCGUGCGACAAAAUGACGCACAACAAGCGUGACCACGGCCCUCCUGGCUCCGACCGCUGCACAUGGGGUCCCGAUUAUUGGUGCUCCAGCGCCGAGACCAUGGCAGAAUGCGACGUUCCCGUCGAGUAUUGCGAAAAGCUUCGCCAUCCUCCUUCGGCAUAG